CCGGGGCCGCUCCGAGCACGGGAGGAGCCCAGCCCGGGAUGGGGACACAGCCCGCAAUGGAGGUCACAGCCGGUAUGUGGGCCUGGGAGGCACAGGGAGCACGGGACAGGGAUGCCCGCCCUGGGAGACAGACCAAAACAGCCCUGGCAGGAUGGAGCAUCGUCACCGUCCUCUUUCUCGUUCACUUCCACUGAGCAGUGGCAGGUCCAGGGAAGAGGCUGUGACUGUCCUCACACACAUGGCAAUGGGGUGCUGCAGGUGCAUGCUGCACUGGUGAUGCAGCUCUGGGCCCUGAGGUGCUCUCAGGUCCCGCAAACCACACACAUACGAACACCCCUCUGUGUCCUCCAGCUGGGUACUGCCACCUCUGCCCAGUGCUCCUAAGCAAAGUGGCUGUCACCCACCAUCGUGGGUGACACCAGCUCCAAGGGGACAUCAGGGCUGGUGUUACUAUCCACAUACACAUGUCCCCCUUUGAUGCCUCACAGUUGAUUUGGCUCCCUCUUCAUCUCUGAGGGCUGGUGCUAAGGUGGCAGAAAAAUACAAGGGGAAAGCAUAGAUGGCACCCAGGCUUGGUCCCAUUCAUCCCCUGCUCACUCCCAGCCCCACAGUGCUGCUGGCUGGAGCGUGGCACAGAUGCCAGGCUCUGAGCCAUGGUGGCAGAGGUGGCCUUGGGGCUUGCCCCGGAGAAGGAGGGGAUGGGUGUGUGUGGGAGCUGUGUCCUACCAGUACCAACUCCUGCAGACAGCUUCAGGCUCCAACUUAGCACUUUGGAUUCACCCAAGCUCCUGUGCCCUUCAUGCCCCCCGUCGUAACCUGUGCCAUUCCUCUAGUGUUAAUAAAGCCAUUAAUUAUAGAUUGGAGAUACGGUUCAGAAAUGCCACUUUGGAGCAAGCUGAAGUGCUGCAAUUGGGAUCACAGCGAUAAGCAGGUUCAAGGAGGCAGAAGAUAAGUUAAUGCCAGUGCCAGUGUUUAAUACAGGCAAUUCCUCCCCAGGCCACUUCUGGAGCCCCGUGCACACCGAGCACAGGCCCGCAAAGAAAAGCAGUGUGAGAGAUGAGCUGGGUGUCUCGGGAGAGGAGCCGGAGCGGGGAGAGCGGAGCCGUGGCUGCUGCACAGAGCUGCCUUUCAUUACAAAGGGCCGGGAAGCGGCUCGGAGCUGCCAGCAGCACUGACACGAUGCAAGAGGGGAUUUUUCAGGCUGAUGCAGCAACAAAGGCAGUUAAAUCUGGCCAGGGGGAAUUAUUUUUGGUAAUCCAUGUGUUGCUGCUCGUUGGGCGCUGGAGCAGAAGUAAGCAGGUAAGCGGCACUUUUAUCGCCAGCCCAGCUUCCCAUCACGGCCGGGACUCCAGUGAGGGGCUCUGAGCCUCAAAGAAAAGCAGCAAGGCUGGGCCAAGGCAGCUGAAGCGGCGCUAAGCUCACAGCAGCUGGGAAUUCCUUCUCUUUUUUCUAUUGAAAUGAUGGCAGUGGGAAGCUACCUGGAGAGGAGCAGCUUCCACAACAAGUGCCUGCUGCACUGCUGGAGGCUGUGUGCCCCCAGGCAUCACUGGGUGGUUUGGGGUGCUGGCACCCACCUGGAGUCACUCACUGCCUGGCUCUCCUGGCAGGACAGAGGGGUGCUGGGCAUGGGAAAGCCACCCAUGACACCCACAUCCAUCACCCUGCAAGGGGCCCAGCACCCUUGUGUAGGGAGAGGGGGACGCUGUGGUCCUAGGGCAAGAGGAUGCUCCCAUCAGUGGCUCUGCAGGAAGUCCAGGUGGUUCAGGCAUCUCAGUGGGGCAUUGUGGAGACAGACCAGGAUGAAGCCCAGACCCUGGAACCUAUUGGAGGCCAGGAGGGUGUUUCUGAAGGGAUUUGUACUUCUGGAGACCUGCAUGUCAGCCCCAGUGCUCCCUAGGGAAACACCCUGGGCUGCCCCGGGCAGCUGCCUUCCCACCAGUCCUACCAGGCAGAGGAUGCGCCAGUGGCCCGUGACUCAACACCUCCUCCAGUGCUUCACAUCGGGAGGUGGGCGUGACACGGCCCCAGAGGCUGCAGUGAGCCGUGCCAGCGGAGGCAGCGCUGGCUCAGGGAGCUGUGCUGCCACACAGGGACCCACGGCCCCUUGCCAUCCCAGGCUCGCAGCUGUGACGGGGUGGCCACAACUCAUCUCCCUGAUGGAGCUUGUCAUCUCAUCCUUCUGGUGGCAGCUCCCCAGACAUCACCCUGCUGAGCUCAGAAGACCCUGUGUUGAUUCAGCUGCUGCAAUGAUGUUGUUGCUCCAUUCCCUCACGAUGCCUUUGCAUCACCCUGGGCCAUGUGCCACGACGGUGCCGUGCGGUGCCGGCUGCUUCCUGCAGCUUGUGCCCACACUGUGCUCUGGUUAGUGGUGCAACCUCACCACUAAGGUGCCCAGCACCCUGCCCAGAGACCUGUACCUUGCCUUGGUGUGGGGUGAAGGCAGUUGAAAAUCCCUCUUCCUCCCCACCCUCCUCCUCUUCUCCCUGCCCAGCCAGCAUCCACUGCUGCAACAAGAUUAAACCAAUUGCACCAUUAUUUGUUUCAUAUUUAAUAAGGGUUUGAGGAGCAGAUCUCCCAGCAAGCCCCUGCUAUCAAUCAAACCUGCACUGAGUCCCCCUUCGCGUCCGCCUUUCCAAGAAGAAAGAAAACAAAAUUGGUCUAAUUUAUUAUUCAUUUGUUCAUUAGGUCUGUAUUAACCAGAUAUAUUAUAAAGGAAAACAGGAUUGCGCCUUUUGAUCAGCAAACCCUCUGCUCAUGAAUAUCCAUGAGGCUCCCCCCUACCCCAGCACCUCUCCCAUGUGUGGAGUGAGCUGAUGGAGGGUGUCAGUGGUGGGUGCUGGCACCGGGCUGGGUCCUGGCACACCACGGGGCUGGGAAGCUCUCUCAGCUCUCUCAGCUCUCUCAGCUCUCUCAGCUCUCUCUGCUUGCAGAGCAUUGGGGAUCAGCUGCACCAUCCCAUGGCACUCCAGAGCUCAGGCCACUCAUGGUUGCCCACAGCUAGGAGGGAGAGGCCAAGCCCUGCUGGGUGCAGGAGGCUGUGGGGACACACCGGGGGGCACCGGGGUGAUGGGCUCCCCUCCCUUCCUGCCUGGGGCUGAGCAGGAAGCCGAGCAGGUGGUGUUUCUGCGGCGUGAAAAAGCAGCAUAUGUCCCUGGAUCCCUGGCGCGUGGUGGCGGCGCCGAUGCCCGCCACUCCCCCGAAGCUGCGGGGAGGCACAGAGGGACCCCGGGGUGCCAGUGACGCCCUGCAGGGCCAGCACAGGACUGGGGCAGCAUGAAUCCCUGCUCCCUGGGGCAUCCUCCAUGAACCCCUUGGUCCACCCUAGGGAGGAUGGGCCAGGGCAGGAUCAGAACCCCAGGAUACGUUGUAGGGACUGGCUGGCACCAGGCCAUAAGCUCAUGGUGACUUUCACCCAGAGCCAACAGCAUCUCGGGCAGCAGCAGAGUGUGGAGAGCCAUGUCCCAGCCCAGCAGGAUGGUGGAUCCCAGCCCUGCCCAGGAGCUGUUGCACCCUGCAGCAGCUGUGGGCGUACACAGAGAAAUGCCACAUGCACAUGGAUGUCCAUGCACCCAUGCAGUCCAGCCAGACCUGAAAAUAGGUUGGUUUAAAAAAUGCAUCACUUUGAAGUUAUGUAAAUGAAAGGCAGCGGCAAACAGAGCAUGCUGGCAAAAGGGUUUCCAAUUUUUUUUCCUCCUCGCCAGCUUCCUCCGGUUAAAAUUGGGUUGCAAUUCAUUAAUAAAGGAACAGUUGUACUGAAUAAGCUCCCGUGCUUAAAUCAGGACAGAGAAGCGUAAUUAACCCAGCUCCAGUCUGAUGUGAUGGAAGAGGAAAAUGCUCUUCUGUUUUGGUCCCUUCUCUUAAAAGCCC